AUGACAACACAUUUAAUAGAUGACAACUGGAAACCCAAAUCUUAUUCCCUUUCGACCCAGCAGAUGAUCGAGCGACACAGAGCAGCUAACCUUUCUGAUGCAAUGGGGAUCAUUUUUAGGAAAUGGGAAAUUUCUGAUAAAGUAUUAGCGGUAGUGACUGACAAUGCGGCUAAUGUUGUAAAUACAGUGCGCGAUACAAUUGAAAUUCAAGAACAAUACGGUCUUACUUGUGCAGCCCAUACUCUGCAGCUCGUUGUAAAUGAAGCUUUAGCAUAUCCAAAAAUACAAGAGAUUUGUGAAAAGGCUGGAAAAUUAGUGGAAUAUUUUCGCCAUUCAAAUGUAGCUACCAAAGCUUUAUCGAAGCAAGAACAACUAAACAUGAAGCCAUUAAAAUUAAUUCAGAGUGUCAAGACGAGAUGGAAUUCCACAUUUGAGAUAUUGGAAAAACUUAUUGCAAACCGUUUGCCCAUAUCAAAUGUUUUGGCUGAUAGGAAUGUGACUACUUCUACUAUAAAACAUGAAAUUACGGAGGCGCAAUGGACACAGAUGGAAGAAUUAAUAAAUCUGUUGAGACCAUUGCAAAUGGCCACAACUGUUUUUUGUACAGACAAGCAUUCUCCUGCUUCCAUAGUGCGCCCAUUAAUUUGGAAGAUAGUUCGCCUUCAUAUGCAACCAGUUCCUGAAGAUUCAGAUCUUAGAAUUGCAAAACCGCUUUAA